GGAAGGCUGUGCCUAGUAUGUUUUCACUGGAGAAUGUCAUUAAGCAGUCAGAACUAAAAACAAAACAGCAAGGGAAAGUCACCCGACUGGAAGGUGUGCGCCAGCAUCUAAACCGAGGUUUACAAAAUUUGCUCAGGUGUUAACGUGCGUUAAAGAGCACGUGAAAUCUUUAUGUGAGGACUCAGUGUAACGUUGAAGUAUAACCACUAACUAUUCCUAUCAGCCGUGCAUAAGUACACUGGGGCCUUUAACAGAAUAAAGAAUUCGGACAAAAAAGCACGCACGAGAGGACAAAGGGUCAAUGUCACACCGGGUGUGCCGCCCCAAAUCUGGGAGCUGUCACGAAAGAGGGAAUGAGGACUGUAUUCCAAGGAUGAGAAGAAAUCAUCCAAGAUUUCUUGCCCGGGAGUGUUCCUGCCAGACAAACAAGAUGUGUACCUCGGGGUUUACCUCCUGAAUCAGUACGUGGAGACAGCCUGCUUUCCUUCUGUGUUCCCUAUUGUCAUUCAGCAAAUCCUGAGAUUUAAAAAGGUAUUUGAAAAUGCAAUAGAUCCUGGAGCUGUAGCAGAACUUUUAGAAAUUGUAGAUGGACACACUAUCUUUAUUUUGUUUAUUUGUCUUCUUAUGUGGUGCUGAGGAUUGAACCCAAUGUCUCACACAUGCUAGGCUUCCUAGCCAGGUUUGAGUUAAUACAGCUAGUGCCUCCAGUGUGGGAAGAGUUGGCCUACUAUGAAGAAAACACACGAGAUUUUCUUUUCCCUGAGCCCAAGUUGACACCUUCACAUCCUGGAAUACAUAGAGAGGUGCUUAUGAAGACAGCCAUAGGUUUUCCAGGCAUUGCUCCCAAACUAGAAUUUUCUACAAGGACAGCCAUCCGAGAAUGUAUGUUUCUGCAUAGAAACAGAUUUCAUGAAGAAAGAUGUAAGUCACGAAUGCCUUUAUCCACAUCACGUCGACCAGUGUUUCCCUUAAAUAAUAAAAAUAAAAAGCCAAAGGAGAACAGUCCUGAUAGACAGCCCAGAGGCACUCAGCCCCGGACGCCCUCUCCAUAUUCCACCAGACGUUUCUUCCUUGACAAACCAGCUCAGAUGAACCUUGGAAACAACUUCAAAAUCUCUGAAGAAGGGAAGCCUCCUUUCGUGGUUAGACAUGUGGACAGUGCAAAGCCCUUUGGUGAAAAUAGUUCAGAGCAUCAUUCACGAAAGUCUAGAAGAAAAUCUAAGUUUCCAAACUUCCCAUUUCCAAUAAGAAGAGCUUCUUCUCUUGACAGCAUUGCAGCAAACAUAAAGGUUAUCAAAGAGCCAGAUGAACGGAUUGUCUUAAGGAAUGAAUCAUCAUCAAGUUUAAAUUCAAGUAAGUUUGGAAAGCCCUUGCCCAAGAACCAAGGGGAUGCCGAUUUCCACCGGGAAGCUUCACUUGCCAUCUCCCAGCAAUCCAGCUCUACCAGCCCUCUGGAUCAGCCCUUUCUCCGAGAAAGGUUCCAUCCUGGUUCUCAGCCCACAUGGAAGAAGAUCCAUGAAAGGGUAUGCAGUCUUCUUACAUCCCACAGAGCUCAGCAGCAUGUGAACAAGGAAGAUUCUACCUUUGAAAUAAAUGAUAACCUUGAAAGACCAGGCUGCUCUCCAACGAAAUACCCACUGCAUGAAGAGAUAUAUUUUUAACUGCUGUCAUAAGGGAAAAUGAUGAAGGCUGGAGGAGGAUCACGAAGAGCUUGCUCAAGACAACUACACAUCCUUGGAGAAAUGAACAAUGAUCUUUGUUGUCUCUAUUGAGUUACUGGUGUCUAAUCCCCUUUAUAUCAAACCCUGUAUUCAUUCUUUUUUGCCCAGGUAAGAAUUAUUGAUUAAAAUGUUUGCUGUUUGGGGAUCACAUUUUCUUGUCACCUGGAACAUUGUGUUUUGUUGUGGCAGGUGCUUUUCCAUUUGCAAAGCACGUGUUAGAAUUCUGACAAAAAGGUCAAGAUGCUUUCUCAGCUAUUCUUUAUUUUUGUCAGUGAAUGUGUUCUUGAAAAGCUUAUCUUCCCUCUUCCUUCUUCCUUCUUUCUUUCCCUUCCUUUCUCCCUUCCUUCCUCUUAAAUUUUAUAUGCAACAGAAGUUGCUAAUUGGGGGAAUAACCUGAUAAAUCCUGCAGGAAACAAUUGUCAACCUGAUUUUCUCCUUUUGGCAAAUCUGAUUUUGUUGUUAUUGUUGUUUUUAAUGUUAGGCUUGAUUUAUAUGAAGUACUCUUAAAAUGUAGGAAAAGAGAAUUAUUUCUGGAAAAAUUCACAUUUUGUUUUAAUGGUUGAAUUUCUAUGAUAAAUUUGUAAGAGGAGGCAGUUUCUUUGGAUUGUGGUUUAAACUGUUCUGUUCCCAUCCCUGCCUUUUUUCACCCUUAGCAAUUCUUAAUAAAUUUAGAUGAAUAUCAAAAUCUUUCUCAAGCAUUUCUCCAAAAGAACUACAUUAAGUAAAUAGGUUCCACAGAAAGGUCUGCCAAAAACCAGACUGUAAAUUAAUUAGUAGGGUACCUUUAUGAAAUGCUUACAUAGUUGGGGGAGCAGGAAGAGGAAGCAGAUGGAAGGAAGGGUUAUUAGAAGCACAUUUGUUUUCAUGGGCACAGACCCAGAGAAAAGGGGGUCUGAAAAAUGGAAAUCUUCGUUUUUUAUUCAUAUUAUAACCUAGGCAUCUUCUUCUGUCAUACUUGGUAUGGUCUGAAUGUUUGUAUGUCUUCAAAUGUUGAAAUCUUACCCUGGAAGAUGAAAGUAUUAGGAAGUGGGGCUUUGGGGGAGGUGAUUAGGUCAUGAGGGUGGAGCCCUCAUGAAUGGGAUGAGUAUCCUAGAAAAUUAGGCCCAAGGGAGCUCAUUUCUCCCUUCCACCACAAGUGAGGAUGCAGUGAGGUGGUACCAUCUACAAACCAAGAAGAGAGGGCCCUUAACCAGUUUCCAAAUCUGUUUGUACCUUGGCCUUCCUGGCCUCCAGAACUGCGAGAAGUAAAUUUGUUAUGUUUAGAAGCUGCCUGGUAUUUGGUAUUUUGUUAUAGUAUCUCAAAUGAACAAAGACAAUAUACUAAAAUUCUUUUAGUUUUUACAAGAUACAGAGAGAGCUAGGUUUUCUUUUCUCAUUAUGACCACAAAAAUUGGUUUGUUAGGAAAACAAAAUUAAGUAGAAAAAGAGACUCCCAAAACAAAAACAAAAUCCAUUUAACUCAUCUCAGAAUUCUAGUCAGUUGGAGCUGGGGUUGUGGCUUAGUGGUAGAGUACUUGCCUAGCACAUGCGAGAUUCUGGGUUCGCUCUUCAGUAUCACAUAAAAAUAAAUAAAUAAAAUAAAGAUAUUGUCCUCUCCGGGCUCAGGCCUUAGCCAUGUGACAUGGCUUAACGCACCAAGAAAGUCAGAAUCAUGGGUAAAUAUGGGACCCACUAUGGUGCCUCCCUCCGGAAAAUGGUGAGGAAAAUUGAAUCAGCCAGCACACCAAGUACACUUGUCCAUUCUGUAUCAAAACCAAGAUGAAGAGACGGGCUGUGGGGAUUGGGCACUGUGGUUUCUGCAUGAAAACAGUGGUUGGUGGUGCCUGGACCUACAACACCACAUCUGCCAUCAAGGUCAGCUCUGCAAUCAGAAGGCUGAAGGAAUUGAAAGACCAGUAGAAAGUUCUAAUAUAUAACAAAAUUGUGGUUUGUUGUUAAUUGUAUUAACUGGAUAUUCUGAUGUGAAUUGUAUUAAUAUUACCCUUUAAAAAGAGAUUUGUAAACUGAAGCCUUUCUAAUUUGAAUUGGAAAAUUUUGCUGAGAUGGGUUAUUGUAAUUCAGGGUUUUUUUUUUCCCCCAGUAUUUAGAUGAUAAUGGCAUGAAACUAAGUCUUAGGUAUAUGCUUACCUUUUUUUUUUUUAAAAAAAAAAACAACACUGUUCAACUUCUUAGUGAACAUAUUGUGCAAAAUUUGUUUUAAAGGUAAAAUGUGCUAAAAUACACAAAGGAUAUACAUAAAACAAAGAUUGUGUCCAACUACAACUAAAAAAUAAAAUAUUGAAAAAAUAAAUUAAAAAAGAAUUCUAGUCAAUUAAAAGCAUAUAUUCUAAUAAGCAUUCCACCUUUAGAAGCGGACAAAGCAGGCUUAAAUUACAUGCAUUUAUAAAUGUUCUUGAUGUUUUUGGAACUACCAUUUAUCAAUUUGUUAUUUUGAUAUUACCUUUAAGAAGUCAUCAAAAUUUCAAAAAAUACUGUGUUACAUUAAGAUUAUAGUAUGCUGGGCUCAGAGGCACACACCUGUAAUCCCAGUGGCUUGCGAGGCUGAGGCAGGAGGGUCAUGAGUUCAAAGCCAGCCUCAGCAAAAGUGAGGUGUUAAGCAACUCAGUGAGAACCCUGUCUCUAAAUAAAAUACAAAAUAGAGGUGGGAAUGUGGCUCAGUGGUCAAGUGCCCCUGAGUUCAAUCCCCUGUACCACCACCCCCCCCCCCCAAAAAAAAAGAUUAUGGUACAGUUCUCAGAAAAGGUCCAUUUACAUAAGUAGUUAAGGGAAAGAAGUCCUAAUGAAUUCAUAUCUCAUUUUAGUUAUUUUAAAAUACAUGAAACUCAGUGUUCAUUUUCCAAAAAUGGUUUGUGCAUAACUUCUUAAUUUAAUAAGAUCUUGAAUGCUUGCUUUUAUUAAGUCAUUUUUUAUUAAAUAUACCUUUUUUCUCACUUUCUGAUCUGUUAAUUCUAUUUUUAUAUUAUUUUUAUUUUAACUUUUUAUUUCUCAAAGAAUCAUUGUUUUGAGGAGUCAUCUUAGGGCUGGGGUUGUGGUUCAGAUAUUUUGCUUUUGGAUUAUGUAACAGCACGAAUAAUUUUGUCAUGUAUUGGGGUUUGGAUUGCUGUGUGAAGAUCUGUGUAAUUCAACACAAUAAAAAAAGAAUCUCCAUCUA